GUAUAAACCACUUCGGUUGCUCUAGUUCGUCAUUAGUGCCAAACCCUGUUCGACGCAUUACUGUCGUGUGUGGGGAUAUCGGACACGAAUUUUUACUAAUAUAAUUUCAGCUACUUUAAUACAAACAGAAAAAAAUGCGUGAGUGUAUUUCUAUUCACAUUGGUCAAGCUGGAGUCCAAAUGGGCAAUGCCUGCUGGGAGUUGUACUGUCUGGAACAUGGCAUCCAGCCAGAUGGUCAGAUGCCAUCAGACAAGACCAUUGGAGGUGGUGAUGACUCAUUCAACACCUUCUUCAGUGAGACUGGUGCUGGGAAACAUGUGCCAAGAGCUGUCUUUGUUGAUCUGGAACCCACUGUUAUUGAUGAGGUCCGAACUGGCACCUACAGACAGCUGUUUCACCCAGAACAGUUGAUCACAGGUAAAGAGGAUGCCGCCAACAACUAUGCCCGUGGUCACUACACCAUUGGUAAAGAAAUUAUUGACCUUGUUCUUGACCGCAUCAGAAAAUCAUCAGAUCAAUGCACUGGUCUUCAAGGUUUCCUCAUAUUCCACAGUUUUGGUGGAGGCACUGGCUCUGGCUUUGCAUCUCUGUUGAUGGAACGUCUGUCUGUUGACUAUGGCAAGAAAUCCAAACUCGAGUUUGCUAUUUAUCCAGCUCCUCAGAUCUCCACAGCUGUUGUUGAACCCUACAACUCCAUCUUGACGACACACACAACUCUAGAACACUCUGACUGUGCCUUCAUGGUCGACAAUGAAGCCAUUUACGACAUCUGCCGUCGUAACCUUGACAUUGAAAGACCAACCUACACCAACUUGAACCGUCUGAUUGGUCAAAUUGUCUCCUCCAUCACUGCCUCACUUAGGUUUGACGGUGCACUAAAUGUAGACCUCACAGAGUUCCAGACUAACUUGGUGCCAUACCCUCGAAUUCAUUUUCCUCUUGCCACUUAUGCACCAGUCAUUUCAGCUGAGAAGGCAUAUCACGAGCAGCUCUCAGUAGCUGAGAUCACAAAUGCCUGCUUUGAGCCAGCCAACCAACUGGUAAAAUGUGACCCACGUCAUGGCAAGUACAUGGCCUGCUGUAUGUUGUACAGAGGUGAUGUUGUCCCCAAGGAUGUCAACGCAGCCAUUGCUACCAUCAAGACAAAGAGAACCAUCCAGUUUGUUGACUGGUGUCCAACUGGUUUCAAGGUUGGCAUUAACUACCAGCCACCAACUGUUGUACCUGGAGGUGACUUGGCCAAGGUCCAACGUGCUGUUUGCAUGUUGAGCAACACCACAGCCAUUGCUGAGGCCUGGGCCAGACUUGACCACAAGUUUGACCUUAUGUAUGCCAAGCGUGCUUUUGUUCACUGGUAUGUGGGUGAAGGCAUGGAGGAAGGUGAGUUCUCUGAAGCUCGUGAAGAUCUUGCUGCCUUGGAGAAAGAUUAUGAGGAAGUUGGUGUUGAUUCUGUCCAGAAUGAAGGGGAAGAGGAGGGAGAAGAAUAUUAAAAUUAAAUUUAUUAUCUCAUUCCAACUUUAACCUUUAAGUUAGUUAAUAAUUAGCUUUAAAUAAUUUUAUACUUAAAAGAUUUAAGAUUUCUAAUUACCAAAUUUUUAUGAUUUAUUUUUAUCUUUGUUUUAAUUCAGAAAAAAUAGUAUGUGAUUUGUUUUGUUACAAUGUAAACAUUUGUAACUAAUAAAAGUAUUAAUUUUUAAGAAAUAUUGAAUGCAGCAUUCCACAUGUAUAGAGUAUUUGAACUGAUUUUUUUUAAUGUACAAUGUUUAAAACUUAUUGUUGCUAUCUAUAUUGUUGAAGCUGGAAGAAGUAUUAAACUUAUUUGUACUUUUUGAUGAA